CAUUACGUCUGUGAAUGAAAGUCACAUGAAGGAUCCCCGGGAGCUGUGAAUGUAGUACUUGUUUGCAGUAUUGAAAGCCAGAGCUAGCUGAGCAGUGUACCCUGGUAUUAUAUUAUCAUUGCACGGGGAGGUGGAUCAGCCAUGUGCAGCUUCCUGUUUAUUAGAAGUACGGCCUGCCUCACAAGCCCUGUGAAUUACAGGGGAUUGAUCUCAUCCUUCUAUAGCAGAGAUUUUUCCAAAAUGACUUCAGAGGCUCACCUUAUAACACCUGAGGAAAGAACUCAAGCUCUGCAAGGCCUGCAGUCUAUGGGGUGGACGGAGGUCACUGCUAGAGAUGCUAUCUACAAAGAGUUUGCCUUCAAGACCUUCAACCAGGCCUUUGGAUUUAUGACUCGUGUGGCCCUGCAAGCAGAAAAAAUGAAUCACCACCCAGAAUGGUUUAAUGUGUACAACAAGGUUCAAAUAACUCUCACUACGCAUGACUGUGGAAAGUUGACCAAAAAAGAUGUGAAGCUUGCUCAGUUUAUCGAAAAAGCUGUAACGUCUUAACAAACAAUAAAUUGUGCGUUUUCUGGGAUUUUG